AUGGAGGCCCUUCUGACGGCAGUGAAAACUGUAAAUCGAGAUUCAGAUGCCCUUGUUACAUCUACUGUCGAGUCUUUGCACGCUGAUCCCCCAGCAAGAGACAAUAUUGAUCCUGAACAUCUAUCAUCACAUCACAUUAUAGAUCUACUCAAAUCCAGCCCCGAUCGUGAACAGCUGUACGUCAUUUUGGCAGCCCUAGAUCCCUUCAGCAAAUCCACAACUACAAAGGACUUCGACCUCCGGGUUGCGAAUCCUAUCACAGCCCAGAUUCUCCAACUAUUAGUCAGCACCACGAUUCCAGAUCAUUGGGGAUCGCUAGAUGCAAAAGAUAGCAAAGGGAAAGACGCCAAAGCUCGAGCAGCACUACUGAGAUGUCUUAGCAGUGUCGCAGGUAUCGGCUCCUUGGCGGCUCAGCUACGAUCUUUAAUCAAUUCAGCCCGCGCUUCUGCCCAGCAAGCCCGAGGUUCAAGCAGCCAACUCGGUAUCCGGGAUCUUCUGGCUGUGCUUGCUGCUUUGCUAGAGCCAAAAGACUUUUUGUUCCGUCUUUCUUCUGAUAUUUCGGUCAUAUAUGACAACAAAACCAGACAGCAAGUUACGUGGAGAGAGCUUGUGUCGCUCGUUGCUGCCGGCAAGAUUUUAUCAACAGCAGCCGAGGCCCUUACUGUUACUGAUGAGUCAAGAUCAGUAUCUUCAGUCUCCUGGGUUGGUAAUGGUUCCCAAUAUGCAUCGUGGCUUGGGCGCAAUGUUUCUCAUAUGGCAGCGAAACUAGCCCCAGAUGACGAAAGCGACUGGGCCUCAGUUGCUUUGUUGACAGGGCGAGCAUUAAGCCUUGGAUAUACAGAUCAAUUUGUCAAAGAAAUUUACGCGGGUCUACUUCUUGAGCAGUCUUCGCCAGCGUGCUUUGGGGUCUUAUUAAACCAUCUCAGACGGACGGAGCAGCUUGCAUUUGUAGAAGCGAUUUUCCGUGAUAUCCAACGAAAGCACUUUUCAGACGAUCUAUCGGGGAUAGUGAGCCCAUCACUCACUCCUUCAAAGUCCAUUGAAGGGGUGGCAGCUUUGAUUUCUGCUGUCAUUUCUUCUCGUCCAGGCCUGGAAAUCCAAGUCAUGGAAUGGCUCUCAAAAUCGCAAGGUGGCUCGAUAAACACGUUGGGACUACGCCGUGCAUUAUUAGCCACUUGUAGCAACCGAGGUGAUGUGCUGAAGUCAUUGCUCAUACGUAGCCUUGAGCAAUUUGGAGACAAGUUCUCUAUCAAACAUAUCCCAAGUGUGGUUCAGAAUGCAACUGCACAAGUGAUCCUUCUUGCCGCUGGCCAUCUGUAUCGGCUAGAUCAAGCGCAAGUGAAAGAAGUAGGCCGAUCAGGAGCAUAUCUCAAUGCAGUCUCCAAUCGACUCGCUGCGUCCUCUAACAGAGCACGACUUCUUGGCAUGAUCGUUGGAACAGGAAUAUCUGAACUCAUUGAGCAAUCAGACAAAGUGCUGAAAUUUGACCUAGAGGAGAUGCGAAGCGAGGAGGCGCUGUGGUAUUUGGAUUUGACAAAGGUCGAAGACAAGGUCGGCUCUCCUGAAUCCAUCAAAGCAUUGCAAGAGUUAUUGCCAGCAAAACCAGAACUGGUCCGCUCUAAGCCUACACAAAAGCCGAAAGCACAAUUUUCCCGCCACCAUACAAGCAAGAUUGUUGCUAUUGAAGAAGUUGAGAAUAGUGACGAAGAUGAAGAUGACGAUGACGAUGAUGAUCUCAUUCCGUAUGAAAAGCCGGACGACGACGCAUACGAUUCUGAUGACGAUCCCACGUUGAUCCAACGGAAUAAGCCGAUAGCGCCUGUAUACAUCCGUGAUUUGCUUCCAUCUCUCCGAGACACCGAGAAUGUCGAGCGGUAUCAUCUCGCCAUCACCACUGCCCCAUCCUUAAUUCGACGGAAGAUAGGAUUUGGAACUGAACUUGCCGAGCAGAUUGAGGAGCUGGCUCUAACUGUCGUUGGUCUUCAAAAUGACAACAACCAUCCGACAUUCCAUGAAUCUCGCCUACAAAGCAUGAUUGCAUUGAUUGUAUCCGAGCCCUUCAAGAUGGGCCGAUGGUUCACUGCCAUUUACUUCGAUGGAGACCUUUCACAAGUCCAGAGAUCCGCUGUUCUUACAGCCCUGGGUCUGAGUGCUCGCGAGCUAGCCGGGAAUGGAGAAGAAGAUGCCAAAGCACUGCGUCUCCCAACUACUGGCGAUACCUCAUUCCCAUCCAAACGGCUCUCGCCUGCCCUGGAGGCGAUGUACUCGGGAGCAAACGAGUCUCCCAUCGCAACGCUGACCCAGAAAAUGUCCCGCGCGUCCCUAGAGCCGCUCGCAGCCAACGCAGCAGAUACGAUGGCUGGCCCCAACGCUCUCAAAGUGCGAACCUUCUCAUCACGUAUGGAAGUCGAGAAGAAACGCAACCAACGUGACGCCCAGCGCCAAAACUCCACAAUCAAGGAUCUGCACAAGGUGCUUGCCGAAGGUUUCUUCUUCCCACUGCAGGGCAGAUUUGAGAUAAUGAUGCUGCAGUUCUCGUCGUCCUCCACUUCCUCAUACAAUCCAUUCUUCGUCCCACAUCUUCUAACUCUCUUCCUCCAAACCCUCACCCUCAUCCUCUCCACAACAGGCCCCCAUACCCCCUUCCUCCCAGGCCUCACCCACGAAACUAUCUCCCUCCUAUUACCGCUACACACAGCCUCGCUCUCCAGCGAGCCAACCGUCACUGCCGCGCUCCUGUCCCUCUUCCUCGUCAUAGUGGAUCUCAAUAUUGCGUCUGGCUCAAAUGGCGAACAGCGUCUUGUCACCGAAUACGCCACGCAGGUGAUCGAGUUGCGCGAGUGGGCCUCCCAGGUCUUUGACCGGACGCCGCCUUCAGCUGCGCGGACUGAUCCAAGUUCAGCGGUUACUGACCCGCAGGAGCAGAUACGUACCCUUGCUGCUGGUGUUAUGGUGCGACUUGGGGAGGUCAUAGAGCGGUAUCAAGGUCGGCUGAUGGGUGUUCAUUCUGGAUUCAGCUAUUAA